AUGCUGCCGCUCGGUCUGAUGCUGCUGCUGCUGACGGCCGCCGCCGCCGACCUGCCCGGGACGGGCGCUCCGCCGCUCCGGGGGCCGGGGCUCGGCUUCUCUCCGCCGGUCCCCGCCUCUCCCUCCGCCCCGCCGCUCCUCCUCCUCCUCCCGCAGCCCGGAGCGGAAUACGCGGCGCCCGGGGUAGCCUCAGCCCGGUCCGCGGCGGAGGAACCGGGCGGCCCCGGCGAGGAGGAAACCGGGGGGGAGGACCAUCAUCACGGCGGCGGGUACCGAGUGGUCCAGUGGGAGUGGAGCUACGUCCAGACUCCGUACAUCAUCGCCAUAUGGCUCCUGGUGGCGAGCGUGGCCAAGAUCCUUUUCCACUUCUCCCAGCGCUUCACCACCGUGGUCCCAGAGAGCUGCAUGCUGAUCCUGCUGGGCCUGGUCCUGGGCGGGGUCGUUCUCAUAGCCAGUAAAAAGCAGCUGUAUCAGCUGGAGCCCGCCCUCUUCUUCCUCUUCCUGCUGCCCACGAUUGUGGGCGACGCCGGGUACUUCAUGCCAGCCCGCCUCUUCUUUGACAACCUGGGAGCCAUCCUGACGUACGCUGUGGUGGGAACGCUGUGGAACGCCUUCUGCACGGGCUUCUGCCUGUACGCCGCCAAACUUCUGGGGAUCAUAGAUGAGCGCGUGCAGGCAGAGCUGAUGGACUUCCUGUUGUUUGGAGCGUUGAUCUCGGCCGUGGACCCGGUGGCGGUGCUCGCUGUGUUUGAGGAGGUUCAUGUGAACGACAUGCUCUUCAUCAUCGUGUUCGGAGAGUCACUGCUCAACGACGCCGUCACUGUGGUUUUAUAUAAAGUCUACAUUUCCUUUGUGGAGGUGGGAGCGGAGAACGUUCAGACGGCAGAUUACUUCAAAGGAGUCGCCUCCUUCCUCAUCGUCAGCAUCGGGGGGACUCUGGUGGGUCUGGUCUUCGCCGUCAUCCUGGGCUUCAUCACCCGCUUCACCAAGAAGGUCCGGAUCAUCGAGCCGCUCUUCGUCUUCCUGCUGGUUUACCUGGCGUACCUGACCGCCGAGCUCUUCUCCCUGUCCGCCAUUCUGUCUAUGACCUUCUGUGGCAUCGGAGCCAAUAAAUACGUGGAGGCCAACAUUUCCCAGAAGUCUCGGACCACGGUUAAGUACACAAUGAAGACUCUGGCCAGCAUCGCAGAGACCAUCAUCUUCAUCUUCUUGGGGAUCUCAGCUGUGGACAAGUCCAAGUGGGCGUGGGACACCGGCCUGGUGUCCUGCACCCUCAUCUUCAUCUUCGUCUUCAGAGCUGUGGGUGUGAUUGGCCAAACCUGGGUUCUAAACCGCUUCCGGCUUGUCCCAUUGGACAAGAUUGACCAGGUGGUGAUGUCGUACGGUGGCCUGCGGGGGGCGGUGGCUUUCGCUCUGGUGGUGCUGCUGGACAGCGAGCACGUCAAAGCCAAAGACUACUUCGUCGCCACAACAAUUGUGGUGGUCUUCUUCACGGUCAUGUUCCAGGGUCUGACCAUCAAGCCUCUGGUAAAGUGGCUCAAAGUUCCUCGUUCCACCAGCAGGAAGCCGACCAUCAACGAGGAGAUCCACGAGAGGGCCUUUGACCACAUCCUGACUGCAGUGGAGGACAUCGCAGGCUUGCAAGGAUACCACCACUGGAGAGACAAGUGGGAGCAGUUUGACAAGAACUACCUGAGUAAGCUGCUGCUGAGGAAGUCUGUGUACAGGAAGAGUGAACUGUGGGAGGCGUAUCAGAAGAUCAACAUCAGAGACGCCAUCAGCGUCAUCGACCAGGGUGGGAACGUCCUGACCUCAGCCAGACUGUCUCUGCCCUCGAUGACCAGCAGAGCCUCGUUCCCUGAAGUCACCAAUGUCACCAACUACCUGCGUGAGAACGGCAGCGGUGUGUGUCUGGACCUCCAGGUGAUUGACAACGUGCCUGGAGCCAAAGUGGAGGAGGACACGGAGACACACCAUGUCCUUGCAGAAAACCUGUACAAACCCAGAAGACGGUAUCAGUCCCACUACAGCCGACACUUCAUGCCUCUGGGGGAGAAGGAGCGUCAGGACCGGGAGGUGUUUCAGAGGAACAUGAGGAGCCGCAUGGAGACGUUCAAAUCCACCAGAUACAAACGACAUAAGAAGGAGCGAAGCCUGAAGAAGCGUCGAGGAUCCGACGCCAAGGAGGACGGCAGCGACAAACCCAGACGCAAUGUCAGCUGGCAGGACAAAGAUCCCGUGGUUGUUCCCGUGGAGUCGGAGGAGGACAAAGCCGAACACUCAGACCCAGAGAAGGACGAGGAUGUUGGGAUCACCUUCGUAGCUCGCAAGGCGGAGACGCCCAAAGAACGACCCAGAUCAGUCCCAGCAGCUCUGGACGGGUGUCAGAGUCCGACCCCCUCACCCACCAGUGGAGACAGCCACUUACCGUGGAAGGGCAGCGUGGGCUCACCUCCCCCCUGUGUGUCUGUGGAGGCCACUAAGAUCAUCCCGGUGGACCUCCAGCAGGCCUGGAACCAGAGCAUCUCCUCCCUGGAGAGCAUCUCCUCUCCACCCGCCCCUGCAGAGCCCGUCCAUCCCCGAGUGAGCGCCCUCUCCAGACUGGGAGGACCCCGCCCAGCCUCCUACACCCCACCGGGCAGCGUGGGGGGCAGCACCUCCUCCAUCGGAGCCCAGGUGUCACAGGGCUCCUUCUGCUUUCCAGAGAAGAAGAAGGAGGAGGAAGACGAGGAGGAGGGCGGAGCGUUGCAGGAGAUGCAGCCACUCAUGUCGUCUCUGAGGCCCCCCGGCUCUCUGCCGCCCCCACCACCUCCACCGGGCUCCGCCCCUGGCUCGGGGAGGAGGAGGAACCCCUGCGUCUACCUGAGGAGCCUGGUGACGGCACCCCACCCUGGCAGCAGUGAGCCGCACAGCCGAGGCCCCACCCAGCUGUAACAACAGAUCCCAGAUCAGUAAACACACCUGCAGAACAGAGCGGGAACUGUACUCCACCAAUCAGCAGCUUCAGGACACCUUCACUGCAACACACACGCACACGUCAGACAACCACCUACCUGUUAGGCCGGCCAAUAGGAAACCAGCUCAGUAUGUCUGUUCUCACCUGAGAGCCUCUCUGUCUGAUGAUCAUCCGUCCUGCCGCGGCCUUCGUCGUCUCACGAGCCGUCGCCUUUGCUCUGUCCGCUCGACCUAAUCGCAGCUCAGAGUGAGACAUCCGAGCCGGACCGGACCGGACCAGCCUGGGGGGCUGACUUCACCACCCUAACCUCCUGAUGCUGAGCACAUCACCGGCUCCUGCCGCUUCCAGAGGGUCUUCAGAUGAAAGGUACGGACAGCUGCUCGGUGAUGGAGGUGACAGGUUCACACCAAACCACAAACCAGCGAGAACCAGUUAGAAAUCACAGCUGCAUCGUGCACACUCUGCUUCCUGUCAGUCACCUGACUCACACAAAACGAAACGCAUCCACGUCUCUGUCAGUCUGUUCGUCAGGUCCACGCUUCGUUUAGAGUAACUGACCCUGAAUCUAACGUUCAGACUCAAACCCACAGAGAGUCAGUCUCAGUCUGUGGCUCAGAGCUGUGACCUCUGACCUCUGAGCCCAGCGGUUCCUGCUGAACACGUCAGUCUUUAAAACAAACUCACAGAUAUUCAGUUUCCUGUGAAAAGGCUCAGCAGCGGAUUAAUCCACGUGUGGUGCUGUAUUUAUGGCGGUGUGUGUGUGUGUGUGUGACAGCAGACGUGUUAGCAGACACUCAGUGAUGGUUUGAGUCUGAACGUGAGAUUUAACGAGCAGAAGAAGAAUCAGAUGAUCAGAUGAAUAUUUUAAUAUUAAUAUUCCUGGUUGUGUCCUGAUGCUCCCUCUGAUCAAACUCAGUGUCUGUAACUGCUCAUGGACAGAAUCACCUCAACGUGUCGCUGCUGCUCUUCUUUAGGUCUCUAUAGGAAAACCAGCGUAGUAUUGAUCAAAUCUACAAAUAAUAAUAUGUAAUCAAUCAGACCGUGUGAUGUUAAUGCUGGUGCUGGGGGUGGACACUGACUGAGGGAUUCUGUUAAAGGAGAAUUCUGUGUUUUUACAACUUUGGUCUAAACUGUGAACAUUGUACUCACACACCUGGUGAGUUCAUUUCCAUCACAGCUGAUCAGAACGAAGGACAACAGACCCAUGUUGUAAUAAAGUGGAAUUGUCCUUUAACAGCGGCGUGAGCGCCUGAUGGUGAGUGGCUCAGCACAGCUUCGCCUGCGGUCUGACUCAGCUGAUAGAAGCUUUUUAAAGCCUUAUUGCUCUGUUUUUAUUGACAAACAGGUGUAAACAUGCAUCCACACAACUAACGUGUAUUUAUUCUGUCACAGCUGCUCAUAGAAAAUCUAAACAUGUAUUUUGUAAAGCUGCAAAUAUAUCAAAUCUACAGAGUAGUUUAUUUUGAAAGACCAAAGUGUGUAAAAAGAGCUUAACGAACAUUUAUAGUGUGUGUCUAUAACUGCCUUACUCUGUUGUGUCUGUGUAGCUGUGCGUUGUGUUUUGUGUGUGUGUGUGUGUGUGUAGGUGAAGACCAAUCAUCAGGCCGUCCACAGGUUUAUUAUUCCACCAGCAGGUUGUGUACACGCUGACAGUGAAGAUGUUUGUGUGACGGUUUUUUCACGUUUCAGUCUGUUGUGUCUCGUUUUGCCAAAGAGUUUGUUUGCCUUAACGUCAGAGCUGCUGUCGCACACUCCGCUUCAGAGUCCUGACCUGCAGCAGGACACAGAGCGCACACAGCACAGCCAAGGCCAACACAACAGUCUUCAGACAACUCAACAUGUCAGUCUGUCAUAAACACAACGACAACACCUGUCCUGAAGGGGGCAGUAUACAGCUAAUCAGAGCCUUUCUAUGACCACAGUCUGACUGUCACAAACACCCCUCUGGGUAACACACAGGCUGGUUCAUGCUACAGCGCCCCCUGGCUGCUCGGCGGUGACGUGCUUCUGCUGUUCCCAGUAAUUAGUGUGAGUUAAACACUCACUGACAUCAAAGUAAAAAUCCUGUACAUGGAUUUGACACUUUUCUCUAUACAUUUUGGUUUGAUUACCUCCAGGACAAAUUUUGACAUGUCCCAUCUGUCUCAUUCAUAUUCAUUCAAACCUUCCUGUCUUACCUGAGACUUGGAUGUGGACUUGAUUGAAAACUGAUUUACAAAAAGUUCCAUGUGAUGUGAACAAAGAACACAAAGAAACACCAACCAGCCAACGUUCCCAGUGUGAACCAGUGAAUCUGUUGAAUGAGCUCAUUAAACAGGUGAAUACUACAGAUACUGUCUGGGUUUGCAGCAGUGGGGGACUGACCCCUGACCCCUGACCCCUGCAGGUCUCUGUGGUUCCUCCUGUGUUUAUGAUGCAGUACAUGUUAAGCUGCUGCAGCAGGCUGCCUGUGACCUGUGAUGUGCCCUGUCCUUCUUGCUGCCUCAUUGGACCACAGUGACUGUAAUAACACACCAACAUGCUGCUGCUUGUAGAAAAGCCUUUAUGCUGUAAAGAUACUUGAACUGGAACUGACCCCAGACCAGUGGUGAGGUGGGCUCAGCGGUAUGGUUCCAGCACAGACGUGUCCGGCUGGUCGUCUGCAGCGUUUCAUUCAGCGGUGAGCGUCACUGUUUUAAUUCUGCUGUAUGUGGACGCAGACGCAGGGACGUGCUGCGGAGCGUCGCGUCUCUUCCUGUCUCUGAGCUUUGUGUUUCAUCUGUGAUGCAGGUUGUUGUGUGGAAACUCAAAAUGAAAGCUACGUCUUUGUGCCAGAUGUUUGUUAGACUUGGCUCCUGAACUAAAAGUCAAUAAAUGUG